CUGUGAGUGACAGCAGCAGCUGUAUUAUAAGCUUGACACUUCAGGGCUCCUUUAAGAAGAGACAACUUAGACCUCCGCACCGGGGGCUCCCUGAUCUCAUCUGUUCCAGCAGUGAUGGAUCUACAGGGGCUUUUCCUGGCACAUGCCCAGCAGACCUCUUCCUAGCAUGAGAGUGGCCAGCUCCACACACAGGAAACGCCUUCUCCCUGACACAGCCUCUUCUCGUGUGUAUGGGAAGCGAUGCUGGCUACAGAGAAGCUCCUAGACACCCAAGUCCUACCUGCUGGCUCCUGGGCGUCAGCCACUGGGAAGCCCCCGCCCGCCCCGCUCCUGGUCGGGGGCUCCAAGUUGCUGCAGCCUCCUGGGUUCCUGAGACUUUAAUCGGAUUGCUUCCCAGUGCCAGGCAGUCUGUGCCGAGAGGCUGAGACUUUUGCGUGUCAAAUGAUGUGUCUGUUCUUCCCCCCUCCCCCUGUCAUCACAAAGCCUUCUGCUGCUGCUCAUCCUGGGGCUUCAGAAGGACGCGCAACAGUUUAGUGUGGAGCAGACCCUUGGACUUGGCUGGACACCUCUGACCCGCAUGAGGUCCAGGAGAUCGCCCUCUUGUAGUGUCCUCAGCUCUGGUUCCUGUUCUUCUGGAUGUAAGGUAGAAAGGUCUGCAGCCUGGAAAGGUCUUGGGAGGAAGAAACAGUAGCUAAAGGAGGAAGGGAAAAGGACUCCUGGCUGUGACUACUAGAAACAAUGUUGCAAUUUGGAAUUUCCAGUGUAAACUGUGAGGACUACUGCUGGAUCCUCAUCUCCAGGGAAACCUUGUGAUGCCAUUGCUGGAGUGACUUGCUCAGUGGAUCACUGACCUGUUGCACAUUUGCUUUGUUGUCUGAGCCCACCAGGAUCGUUUCGGAUGCCUUUCCUGAGAGAUCAAUUUUACCAUCAUGGGCACCAAGCAGACCAAGGUCUGCCAGGCUUCCAGUGUUGGAGGGGAAAGCCCUCAACAGCACCUCCCGGGAUCCCGGAGGAGUACUCCUGCCAGGGAGAGAGGGGACUUCUGGUCUUUUGGGGUGAAGUCUGGGGAUAAAUUAUCCAAGAGUGGAUCUUCAAAUCAACCCCCUUAUCACAGGAGGAUCAAGAUGAUCCAAGACAUGAUGAUGCUAUUCAAACAAGGGAGACAUGAGGAAGCCACUGAGCUGCUGAGACAUCUGAGACAGGAUUUGGGCAUGGAGUCAACAUCAUUAGAUGAUGUGCUAUACCGAUAUGCAAGUUUCCGAAACUUGGUAGAUCCCAUCACCCAUGACCUGAUAAUCAGCUUGGCGAGAUAUGUGCACUGCCCUAAACCGGAGGGAGAUUCACUUGGAGCUAUGGAAAAAGUUUGCAGACAACUGACUUAUCACCUCAGCCCUCACUCACAGUGGAAACGUCAAAGUAUUGUGAAGCGGAAGCCGCAGGCCUGCCUAAAAGCAAUUCUAUCAGCAAGACCUCGAGAGAGAAAUUUAGAUCUUUCUGGCUUUUCCCUAACCAUGAAGGACUUGGACCGUGUGAUGCUUUAUCUUCAGCACAAUUCAGAAGAAGUGGAGAAUGUCGAACUCUGUUUUACUGAACUCACAGAUGAAAUGUUCUUAUAUCUUUUGCCUGUCCUCAGUGGCCUUCCACAUCUUACUACUCUGGCACUUAAUGGAAACCGGUUGACAAAAUCCAUCCUGAGAGAAAUCACUGAAGCUUUGAAGGACCUUAAAAAGUUCCCCAGCAUGACCUGGAUUGAUCUUGGCAAUAAUGUGGACAUCUUCUCCCUGCCACAGACUUUUUUAGUUAGCCUCAAGAAACGAUGUCCUAAACAGGGGAAUUUGCCAACUAUUUUAGAAUUUGGAGAGGGACAGUUAAGUGACCUAGAGAAUCAAGACGCAUCUACAGAAACUGAAGAUGAGCAAGUGGUUAGUGGUUUAGAAGAUAAGAGUGUGCAGCCACAAAGUUAACUAGAUGCUUCCUAAUGUGUAAUUACCUUGUAUUUCCAAGUUCUUUAUAAUAUUAUGAAGGUGAGAUGUUAUUGAAUGAUGUCACUAAUGAAGAGCUCCAUCGGCUGACAGAAGACUCUCUACUGUCCGGUCUUCAGACUGUGUAUUAGAUGUUGACUAUUCUCCAAGGAAAUGCAAUUUUGAUUGGUACUUUCUUUAGCUAAACUAUCUGUCAGUAAUUUUGAGCUUCUCCUUGUAUUCAACAAAUUUAUAAAAACCAAAGCUGUCAGAUUCUGAUCAGUUAUCAAUCCAUUCUCUAAAUCACUGGUGUGUUCCUGAUCAUACUUCAAUCUUAUUGCUGGUCAACACUUUUAGGAAUAUUGCAAAUUUUACAUCUUAUAUGCACCCAACUGUCAAUAUUUUUUCAAAAAUACUUUGCCAAAUUCUGAGAGAAAUCAUACUUUGCUUAUUAUAUUGAAAAAUAAGGCUAUGAUGUCAUAUUGAAGGAUACGGGCAACAGAACUAUAUGAAAUACUGAAAAGCCUUCAGUUAUUAGUAACGUUUGUCUUUUGAGGAUAUUCAAGAAAUAACGAUAACUAAUGAUUUCAAAGAGAAAGUAUUAAUACAGUUGGAUUGACCACAUUUUUAAUGAUGGCACACAUGAUUUAGGAAGUCCACCACACCAGUCUUUAUUACAUUCCAUAAACAUCGUGGUAGAUGCACCUUUGCCAAUUUAACAGGGUAUAUUGAUCCUCUUAUAUUUUCUUUCCCAUUCAACAAUGUAUAAUUCCAACAGUGAAAAAAACAUCUGAUUACUAAGGUUCAUGUGACCAAUCUAUACCUCACAUUUUAGAAGCACCAAUACAGGUAUGAAAACAUUGUAUGUGCUGUACUUUUAUAGAGUUUUUAACAGUAUAAAAGUAAGGAUAGAAAUAUUUUUCAGAACCUAAACCUUUUCAUACAUCUGUAAGAAUGUAGAAAACAUAGUAAGUGAAUUAGUUCUCCUCCAAAAGGAAGAAAACUGUCUCUCUAGUGCCACUUAUAGGCAGCUGUGUACUACAUGGUACUAAUGUAGUAAAACUAUCUGCAGGCAAUAGAAGUUUUGACAGAUCAACAUUUGUUGGAAAAUUUAGAUGAGUUGUGACUAAAUUGUCUCAUGGACUAUAAAUACGGAUAUCACAUUGACAGUGCUUUAUUAUGUAUUGCUUGGAACAAUACAAAGAGGCAGCUAUGAAACCUGUUGCAUAGGUUACUAUACAAAUCAUGCUGUAAGCCAGCUACAAAAUAAAGGUGUCACUACAGAGGUAGGGAUAAGUGCAGCCCUAAACUCCACCCCACUCCAUGCCUACUUGCACAGCCCGUCCUAACUGUCGGCGUACAACUUGGCGCCAGUCCCUCGCUUACAUAUGUGCAGGGGCCUAAGAAGAUAACAGAAGUACCGUAACAAAGUCAGACAAGCCAAAGUCAAAGCCAGGAGAUCACACAGGUACACAGGGACUAAUCUGAUAACGAUGUCAAAACACAUUCCGGAGUCUGAAGCCAAGAGGUCACGUCAAUUCCAGGGAGGUCAAAAACAGGGCCGAGGUCAAAAACACACAGAAGGCACAAUACGAAAAUGCUGGUGAGGGUAGCAAGACUAUUCACAGGCAACCUGUGGCCAGCAGGCUGCCUGUUUAAAUAGCAGAACAAGUGGGUCACAUGACGUGGCCAGCAUCACGUGACCCAAGUCCAGCCUAAACCAUCUGAGCGCCGAUAAAUUGCGAUCGACGCUCAGUAACUCUUUCAGCUAGGAGGAUGCCGUUGUCCUCGCUCCUGCACAUAUGCGGGAUGCCGGCGGAACCGCAAGGAGGAAGCACGUCGCUGGCUCCGCAUUACAAAAGGCAAAACCUGGAAUAAUACAGCUAGUAAUGCACAAACUCAUCAUUACUAAGUACUAUGAAUAUCACAUAUGUUUAUGUAAUAUCACAUACUG